AUGUCCACGCACACCGUCUUCCGCCUCACGCAUCGCAACGGCUUCGAUGGGAUUGAAGCAUCCACCGAAGCUAUCCCUGAAUUCGACAGACAUGAACUCCUGAUCAAAGUCCGCAGCGUUGCCCUCAACUUCCGCGACAUCGCCAUUGCCACAUCGAAGUACCCCUUCCCGGUCCAGGAAAACGUCACGCCAUGUUCCGACGCCAUGGGAGAGGUCGUCGAGGUCGGUGCCUCGGUUCCUGGCUUUGAGAAAGGAGAUCCCGUCAUAGUGGCCUUCGAUCCUACUGCUCUCUACGGAACAAUCAACAAUUGGAACAACGGACUAGGAGGCCCAGUCGACGGCGUACUCAAGCAAUACAUUUGUGUCUCCCACCAAGGCGUCAUCAAAAUACCUAAAGAGAGUUCCCUCAAGGAGGAGCAAUGGGCGGCGUUGGUAUGCACCGGCGUAACAGCCUGGAACGCCCUCUACGGCAACAUCCCCCUCCGUCCAGGCCAGACCGUGCUCUUCCAAGGCACCGGCGGCGUCUCCGUAACUGGCCUCGCCCUGGGGAAAGCCGCCGGAGCCAAAACCAUCAUCACAUCCAGCAGCGACGAGAAGUUGAAUUACGUCCAAUCCACGUUCGGCGCCGACUACACCAUCAACUACAAGACGACGCCGGACUGGGCUGCAGAAGUCCAGAAAAUCACCAACGGCGUUGGGUUCGACUAUAUCCUCGAAAACGGCGGAUCCGGAACGAUUAAGCAAUCCAUCGAAGCCAUCAAAUUCGGCGGUAUCAUCUCCGUGAUCGGGUUCUUGUCUCGAGCACGCCAAGAGGAGAUGCCGGACGUGGCUGCUCUUGCUUUGUCGAAAGGUUGCGUUGUGAGAGGCAUCAUCAUCGGGUCGAAGCAGCAGCUCGAGGAAGUGGUGCGAUUUGUGGGCAGUCACGACCUGAAGAUUCCGGUGGAGAAGACUUUUGAGUUUUCGAAGGAGGGGGUUGUUGAUGCGUUGAAGUAUAUGACUUCGGGUUCGCGUAUUGGGAAGGUGUGUAUCAAGGUCGGUUGA